AUGAAUCGAGCACGAAAACCACCAAGGAGAUGUCGAACUAUAACUAGCGAUAAAGUUAUAUCUGAUGAUCAUGAUAUACCUCCAGAUCCAUCAACGAGUCCUGCAAAGGAAAGACCUCAGUGUUUAGUUGAUCGUUCAUCAAGGUGCAUGUUAUCUGAAAUUGAUAGUGUGAAGUUAGCUACAAUCAUAACUAGUCAACCAGCAGCUAGAGGAACAGCUUUAUUACUUCAAGCCUUACGACAACAAGUAUCGGUAGCAGCUUCAUCGGCUUAUACACAUCAAGCAGUUGAAUGGAUAGCUGAGAAUGAUGUUCUAAUGCUCAAAAUGAGAAAACAUUCUGUCUUAUGCCGUGUGCUCCAAUCUGAUGCCGUUGAUUCUCGUGAACAAAUGGCUCGUCUGAUCAACACCAUUUGCAGUUUUCCACGAGGAAGACAAUAUUUCAUUGAGCAUUUAAAGACAUUCCUUCCGACUGUAGUAGCUGUCUUACGUGGACGUCGAUUACCCACAACUACGCAUGAGCAGCUUAUUAGCGCCAUUGAGAAAAUGAGUUUGAGGUCUCCAUGUCAAAGAGAAUUAUUGCAAUGUGGUAUGCUAGAAUGGAUAGUGAACCUCUUGGAGGGCAAGUUCUCUCAAUAUGCUGUAGAAUAUGCUUGUGCUUUGGCCAUCAACUUAACUUUCAAUUCAGCCUGCCCAUCGUUGUUGAUUCGUUUUGCCGAUUCUUUGUCAUUAGCCAUUGUUAAUGUAUUGAAUAAGGAAAUACACGGGCCUUGUUGUUCCUUAUUCAACAGUUUAGUAUUUAUGUGGCUUGGAUGUAGCAAAGUUCGUUACCGAGCUAAAGAGACCAAGUUAAGUGAAACGCUGAGAAAUCGAUUAACAAAGAAGAACUGUUCGUUGUGUGCCUUACACGUGCCAUAUCUGUUAGCCAUCAUAAGCGGAGAUGCAGAAAUCAGCAAAGUUCCUCAAUCGCCUAAUGAACAUGAGCUGGAUACGGCAGGGGAUUGUUGUGAACGAGAGGUCGAUUCCACAGAUCCUUUACGUCCAACUUCGAAUGAACUGUCUGGAGCAAGACUACUUCUACGCAGAGCUCUUAAAGAGUGUCCACCAGAUGAACAGAGCAAUGUUCCGGGACAGGUGCCUCGUUAUAGCUCAGUUGGCAGAACAACGACUUCAUCUAAAACUAAAAAUCUAAACCAUGAGCAACAGCCACAGAGAUUAGGUACAGCCGCUUCAUGUCAUACAUUCAUAAUUGAAACUGAAAGACGAAGACCACCUUUACUACCGGUAUCGCUCACUGAUGGUGCUGUGGAAUACAAAAAAUCCCAAGACGCUGCACAAAAGCUCCAAGAAGAAGAAGCCAAACGAUUAGAGAAGGAAAAGGCGGAAAAGGAAGCAUCUGAAAAAGAAAAACUAAAGAAGCGCUCCAUCUCAUCACGCAAACCUCCAUUACCAAAGAAAGAUUCUAUAACUUCUGAUAGGAAGUCGCCUUUAGUAUCGCAUAAGCAAACGAAAUUAUCAAACGAGAAACUGAAUAGAACUCCCUCCAUAAUGGAAAUGUCUAAAAGAUCUCCAACAACUCCACACGAAACUUCUCCACAACAGGAAAAUGAAUUAUCGUCACCUAUGGGCAAUCUCACGGGAGAAGAAGAUUACUCAGUCAUUUUUGGUGCACGUCCCAAGGUGGCUCGAACUCCAGAACACCAACCCAACCGCAGUUUCUUCUGA